AUGGACUCACAAGUGGCAGACAAUGAUUUAUUGGCAGCAGCUAAAACGGCAAGCUCCUUCAAUGAUAAGUUAGAGCAUGAAGUCAGAGUGGCUGCUGAUUUAGAACCUGUUCCACAUUUGGGAGAGUACCCAACUAAAUUAAAAAUGGAUCCUAGUAGAGAUCCACCAUCGCCUAAUGCUGCAUCAAAAUUAGAAGAAAAAAUAUAACAAAUGAAAUAAGUAGUGGCUGAAGAAUCAGUAUUUAAAGUUGGUUGGCAGGAUGAUGACAAGUUGUACAACAAAAUUAUCGAGCAUCUCAUUGAAUUAGAUCCAGAAGAAUAACCAGACUUUCUAUUACAAAUCUUAAAAAACGAAAUGCGUUCAAACAGAACUCGAGUUGUCUAAAGGUUGAAAGAUAUAUUGGCUAUGAUCAUGGAUGAAACCAUCCCUAUUCCACUCGAAAAACUCUACGAAGUAUGCAUUAGAGCCAAUAUGGAGAUGGAAGUUGAAGAAGUGUUUUUAGAAGAACUCAACAUUUCCCUUGAUCCCAUAAGAAAUGGAGAGAUUGGGGAAGCUGAGUAAUUGGUUGAAGAAUUGCAAGAACUAGAAUAAUUAGAGGAUGAGCAGAUUCAACAUCAAGAAUAAAUAUCUGUACCAAUCGAAUUUCAAAUUGUUUUGAGAAAGGAACCUAAAUUUAAGACUGAUAAUAAAUUGAAUCCAAUUGAGACAAGAUCAGUUAAUUAAGUGCAUAUCCUAAAUGACUAAGAAAUUCAAGAUCAUAAUAAGCAAAAAAUUAAAUAGUAUACAAUGAGAUUAGAUGAUUUUUUCAUUUCCCAUCAAGGAGAAGAAAAUGUAGAAUAACCAGAAGAAUAAUAAUAAGAAUAAUAGGAAGGAGCAGAUUAAGAAUAGUAAGAAGGUGAUUUAGAAUAAUAAGAAGGUGAUUAAGGGGGUGAUUAAGAAUAAAUAGAGGGAGAUUAAGAAUAAAUAGAAGGAGAUUAAGAAUAAAUAGAGGGUGAUUAAGAAUAAAUAGAAGGUGAUUAAGAAUAAAUAGAGGGAGAUUAAGAAUAAAUAGAAGGAGAUUAAGAAUAAAUAGAGGGUGAUUAAGAAUAAAUAGAAGGUGAUUAAGAAUAAAUAGAGGGAGAUUAAGAAUAAAUAGAAGGUGAUUAAGAAUAAGUUGAAGAUAAUUAAUAAAUUGAUGAGCAAAUAGCAACAGAAUAAGAAAUUUAAUUUGAACCUGGACCUAGAGAAUUAUUUAGAAAUCCAUAAAUACCUUUCGAUCCAAUUGAAGAAAUCAUUCAAAACGGUGGAUUUAUCCCUCAUGAAUUUAUGAAUCCUCAACAUAGAGAUGAUAUUUAUGUAAACGACCAUCAAUAUAUUCCUCUCACUCCAGAAGAAAUGGUCUACUAAAAUAAACCUAUUAUUCCACACGAAAUCUUCAAUCCAAUUAAUGAAGACGAUAAGUAUAAUACCUAUGGCAAUAAAAAAAUAAAUAAGGACCCUUAUUUUCAUUACAAUCAAGGAGCCCAACAGAAUUCAACCGAGAGAUAACCUGAUGUAGCCCAAUCAAUAAAUAUUGUGCAAGGAGAUGCUGAAAUGUAAUCAAUCAACAUUGUUCUUGACCCAGUUUAAAUGCAAUCAAUAAACAUUAACUUCGAUGAAACUUAGGCUGAAUAAUACAAAUAAUAAUAACUCUAUCACAAAUACAGAAACCAAAAGCACUUUAUCAAUCGUGAUAGCUUCCAUUAUCCCAAUGACCCUCAGUAUCCGAAUAUUCACACUGUUCAAGAUCACACAAGAUCCCCAUACUAUUACCAAGGUUAUUACACAGGGGAAGUGCCUCCACAUCCAUACUAAGUGUACGAGCCUCCUUAAGAAGAACCAAUCCAAGAAAUUGUCAAUGAAGAAAUUGUUUAAGAAAUAAUCAACGAAGAAAUAGUGCCUCCUGAAGAAGCAAAUUUAGAGAGUCCUCCAGAAGAAGGGGCUACAGAAAUACAACCUGAAGAGGGUGCUGGAGAUGCACCACCAGAAGAAGGAGGAGGAGGAGGGGAAGCUGUUCCAGAAGAUGUAGCUGGAGAAGCUAUACCUGAAGAAGCAGUUGGUGAAGCAAAAGCUGAAGAAAACAUUGAAGCCAAGGGGGAGGAUGGCACAGAUGGUACAACCCCUGAAGAAGGUGCCAUUGAAGAUGGAAAUGUUCAAUAAGAAGAAGCUACAUAGUAAGAAGCUGCUCCAGAAGAAACACUUCAAGAAGGAGGAGGUGGAGAAGAAAUUAAGGAAGCUGAACCUGUCGAAGAUCAGUAAUAGGAGUAAGAAUAAGCCGGAAAUGAAGUACCAGCAGAUAAUGCAGAAGUGACAGAUUAGGUUAUUUAAGAAGAUCCACUACCUUAAGAGUAUGAACCUUGGAUAAAUUGGGAGGAUGUACCUGAUGAAGAGAUCGAAUAUUUAAUUAGUCGAUUGAUUGAUCCUAGGUUUUAUGAUCCUCAUCAUCCAGAUUACAACCCAUAAGAUCCCAGAAAUAUUGUUUUCACUUCAACUCAUUUACAAAGAUCAUAGGUGUAUUUAUAAAUGAAAAACCCUUUAUUUUAUUUACCUGGCUAGGGUCCAUAUGCUAAAUUGAAAUCAUGCAACACACCAGAAGACUUGCUAGAUCAAAUCACACCCGAGGAUCUUCAUUCAUUGGUCAAUGAAUGGAAGAAGAGAACUCAGCAUUACGAUAAUAUUUCAGAUGCUGAAUACAGAACAAGACACUAAUAAUAAUCAUAAUAAUAAUCCUCCAUAUAUCGUCCUUUUCAGGAGUCCUCAACUUUAGAUCAAGCUCCAAUUGAUCAACAAGAAUUUCAACCAGGAGAAGUGCCUAAGUAAAGGAAGAGUUCUGAUACUGUGCCAUAUGAAUUUGCAGACGAAGAUUUUAUAACACCAAGAGACAUUGGUAAAUUUGGCAGGAAGAAACCUUUUCAAAUGUAAGGAUUAGAUCCCAAUGAUCCAAGAUCGAUCCCUAACUUUAAUCCAGAUAAAUCAAAUUAUUUUGGCAAUAAUGAAUAUGUUGAUGAGAAUCCUAUUCUUAAAGUAAUUUAGGGCAACAAAAUGUAAUAGGAGGAAAGAGGAGACUAUUAAUAGAUGUAUCCUGAUGAGUUUCAUCGUCCUCCAGAUUUUGAUGAUGAUAGAUCCUAUAGAACUGGCAGAGAUGGAAAAGUAUAUCAACACAAUCAUAGAGGAGAUUGGCAUGACGAAGAUUACUAUGAUGAAUAUGAUGACUAUUACGAUUAUUAUGAAGAUCGAGAUGGUGAUGGAAUCCCAGAUGUAUUUGAAUACGAAGAUGAAUAUCCGCCGUAUUAUGAAAGAAGAUAGCCAUAUGCAGAUGAAUACGAUAGGAGAAGAUAAAGUCAUUAUGGUGGAAGAAGGCAUGGGGAUUAUGAAGGCAGAGGAUAUAAUGAUUAUGAUGAUUACGAACAUUUUAGAGGACAUGAUGGUUAUGAUAAAGGAAGAAGAAAUAAAUACGGAAGAAGAGGAGGAUAUGAUGACUAUAAUUCAAGAGGGCCGAGAAGGCCGCAUGGUAGAAGGUACGAGUUGGGGGAUUAUGAAGAUUUAGAAUAGGAUAAAAUUGGAAGAGAAUUAAACAGAUCGAAAAGAGAUAUAGGUAAGAAAACUAAGUACUAGAAGGGUGAUGACACAUAGCCUAGAAUAGAAGAAUUCCAUAUUUAUCAUGAUCUAGAUUAGUAUUCUUAAACCAGGAAUAUUAAUGAUAAAAGAAGUAGGGAAGAAAAAGCUAUGCAAGAUCCAAAAUAUCAUCCAGGAAAUAUCAAUGGAGUACCAAGGAUUAGAGAUACAAAUAGAGAUACAACUAGAGAUUUCGAUGAUUAUUCUAGAAAAGGCAAACCAGAGGAUAAAGAUGAAAUGGAAAGUUCUGGCCUUGCAUUUGCUAAUUCUUUAAAAGAAUAAGGAAGAUAGAAAAGAAAUAAAAAAUUAUCAGAUGAGAAGUUGAAAUAAAUGGGAUUAAAGAGUCCUAAGAAAUAAAAGAAAAAUCAGAAUUAAAAGAAGAAAAAGAAGAAUGAAGAAGGUGAUGAAUAGACAAACAAUUAAAAUUAAUAACAAAAUGAAGAAUAAUAAUAAUAACAAUAGUAAUAAUAAGAAUAAUAAGAAUAAUAAUAAUAAUAACAAUAAGAUUAAGAUUAAUAGUAGAAUAAAUAAUCGUAAUAUAAAGUAUAAGCAUUAGCGGCUAAUAAAUAGAAUAAUGUAAAUAGUAGUGAUUCACUUGUUAAACCUUAAAAUAAAAAGACUACUUAGAAGGAAAUGUCAAAAGCUAAUGAAAUUGAAGAACCAGAUCUCAAACAUUAAGCGAGGAACAACGCAGAAAAAAGCGAUGAAAAUAAAGCUCUAGGGAAAAAUGAGGAGCCUCUGUUGAAUAAGAAUAAGAAAGCCAAAACUUUAUUACAAAUAUCAGAUGAAGAUUGUUCGCAUUUGGAUAGCAGAUCUAAGACUUAUACCUGUAUUUAAUGUAAUACUCAAAAAUCUUAUCAUUUGAAUGAUGACACCUGGUAUUUAAUCGGUUUAGCUUAAGGAUACAAAAAGGAAUUCAACACUGUAUUUAAGUUGAUCAAGGAACUCAUCAAUCCCCAACAACUCUAUACUAGUUUUGGAAAUAAUAAUAAAAUCUGUUUUAGCAGUUAAGAGAAGUAAAUUAUUAAUUUAGACAAAAUCAUAACCAUAUUUUAAGGGAAAAAAGUGACUAAUACUUUAAUUAAGUUGCCUGAAAACCUAUUAAUGUCAUAUUUCUAAUUAUCAUUCAGUAACCAAGAGUUUUCUGAUUUUGAAUUGGAAAUUGAUGACAACAGCAUUCAAAUUGAUAAGGCUGGAGUCACAGUAUCUAAGAUAAAUAUUAUCUGGCAGGCACUUUAAGUGUAAUUAGGAUAUCAAGGCAUAAUUCAUUUGAAUAGAACUGAGAGAAAAUUUGACUACAGGUAAAUAAUUAGCGAGGAUUGCACAAAUGAGAAUCUUAGAAUCUAUCUACACUUUCCUCACGAUUAUCAAUUUUCAGUUUAAAUGAUCAAGCAAAUAUUUAAUCAAUAAUAUAUAGAACUUUAUGAAUAAUACUUAUUGUAAUAGAUAGAUUAGAAAGAUAGAUGGGUUGUAGUGUAAUUCAAAUCAAGAUAAUGUGAAGAAUCAAGUGAGUAUGGCAUAUCACUUUAAUAAUGA